GAUGAUGGAGAAUCCUCUCUUUAAUCUGAAAAGCGUAACUGAUACAUGGCUGAGCUCCAGUUCCACUUGCUGGGCGACUGAUACCAUCCUCGCUGUCCUGUGUGCACUGGGAUUCUUCCUCGUGCUACGUCCCUACCUCCAGAGUAAUCCAUCCUUACCACCACCUAGGAAACAUGGAAGCAUCAGGAAGCGUCACGGGGAGCCGCGGGGGAGGAGCAGCAGAACGAGGAAGAGGAAGAAAAGUGGAGCUGUGAGAGCUUGCAGAGAUUGCCUGAAGGAACUAGAGGAGGCUCGGGGCCUGGUUUUACUUAUGCAGAGCCACCUGGGGAGGCUCCCUGACAAGGGCAGUUUCCAUCAGCUCUCACGUCAGGACCCCCCCGGUGAGGUGUGCGAGGCAGCGCCUGCUGGGGCCCAGCAGCCACACGGGGAGUGGAUGGAGGAUGCUGCUCCCACCGCGUACCUGUCGGCUUCUUCGGCUCUGCUGACCAAGCGCCCUCCACCUCUGGCCUGCACCCUGUCAGCAGACCCUCAAGAAGACCGACCUGACUUGCAGAGAAUCCCUCUGGGCACGGUUGCUGGGAGCUUACCUCUAGGUAACUCCGGUUUGGCAUCCCCCAUCUCAGGCCUUGUCCGCACAAGUUGUCCCAUUUCGUUCCUCUGCCAGUGGUGGAAGAUUACCAAGGCCUUGUUCUUCACCUCAUCACAGCACGAGUCCCACCACGAGCACCUGUCCCACCACCCACCGGAGGCCUCCUUCUCGGGAGCCCCCCCAGACAGGGAGGUAGAGGCUGGUAGCCCCUCAUUUGUCAACGCUGAGGUCCAGAAGAUGCUGAACAUACAGUUCACCCAAAGAGUAGAACUGAUGAUUGGGAAGAAGAAAGAAAAGGAUGUGUCAUUUUUGAAACAGCUGAGCUCAGACUACCACCUGAACUCUUCAGGGAAUAUGUGGAAAUCACUGGGUGCUGAGCGGGACACCACAACCUCCCAAUCCCUCUGGACCCUGAAAGACAAACCAGAGCAGCUGCCCGGUUCUCAGCAGCUCUCCUAUCCCAAGGCCUUGGGGGACCAUUUACAGCAGAAAUGCAGCCAGCUCUACUGGGGUCUCCCCUCUCUGCACAGCGAGUCCCUAGUGGCUACUGCCUUGGUCUCUAGGAGCUCUUCUCAACUACAGGCUCUCUCCGUUUUAUUCAAUGGCAUCUCUAAUCGCUUUCCGGUUCCCACCUGGCCUGAAAUACCUUCACAGCUUUCCCAGGCCCCACCCUUGCCCUAUCCUGGGGCCCAACCUCAACCUUUGACUCCAAACUUGCCCCAGUUCCAGCCCCCACCUCCGCCCCAGACCCAGACCCAGACCCAGGCCCAUCUGGCAUCCUCUCCCCCAACCCGAACACCUUCUUCUCCACUUCUGAUGAGGACCUGUGGGGUAUCUUGCCUGACACACCAGAAUAAGACACAAUCUUUCAUCCCAACUAAAAUACACCUGGAAUUGUUCUCGCUGCAGAAGCAACUGAAAAGGGAGAGGGCUUUACCCUCUGUGGUAAAAAGAUCUGAAGAAGUCUUUAGCCAGCUGAUUCCCAAUCUUCCCCAAGACAGUGGGGCCUCCCAUGCCCACAAGUCAGUUUCCACCCUUCAUGGGGACUUGAUCAGCCCUAAUCUCCAAAAGCAACAUCUUCAAAAGAGGCUCAUCAAAGAUGAACACCAGGAUGUCCUGCCCCACAGGAUCCAAGUGUCUCUGGAACUGAUGCAGCCUCAGGAUGAAUUCCCAGAGGCUUAUCAGGCACAGGGCAAGCAGGAGCCCUCACAGCCCUCUGCAUCUGUAGACGAAAGCAGCCAGGACACACAGAAAAUGGGGUCCAGGACCGAGGAGAGCUAUGACUGUGCGGUGCUCACCAUCUGA